CAGCGACGCAGGACAGAUGCGCCGAUCUAGACGCGUGAUGCAGGUUCUCUGCGCCCUGCAUUCCCCGCUCAAACAUUUUUAGUGGGUGCGCCACAAAGGGCAGCAAGCGACUCAAUCACCAGCAGGGCUCAUCCUCCACGUCAUUGCGCACAUGCGCGGCACGAGACAGAACAGCCAGCCUUCUUGUUUGAAAUGCAAUCGUGAACUUCUUUUUUCUUAGACCAUGCACCCCUCUUCCUACCUUUACCAGUUGAAGGUCCUGAAUAACGCUGUCUUUGCUUUUUCACAUCGCUCAGCGAAGGGUGGAGCCUUUCCUACGCGAACAACCCCGCAAUGCCUGCAGUAGCCAAUCACACUCAGGCGUCCGCCUUGUGCACUCCUCCACCAACUCCUCCUGCGACAGCGACCCUGUCCAGAGCCCAGAUACUGAGCAAUGUAUACUCGCUGGCCACGGCCUUUGCGACCUGCGUGGAAGCCUUCAAUCUGAUCCAUCCGCACAAGGAUAGCGAUCGCGCGCAGAAAGUCGCCCUUACCAAACUUGGCAUCCAGCAAGGCCGCCUGCUCAUCUUCGGCGAUGCAGUUGGUAUAUCUGCGCCUCCAGCGACCAUCGCGCGACACAUGGUGCCUAGCCAUCCCGGACUGACAAACCCCGAUCCCACAUUGCCUGUCAACUUUGGCGUCAGGGAUGCGCGGCUUGAUGAAGACGCGAUGCGAGAGAAGAUUACGCGCGCCCUGGAAGAGAUAUAUGGUCGGCCAGCGCAUCUGUCUCGCGAUCAAUUGAUGGAGCAGUACGGACUGAAGCAGCCGAAGCGCUUCAGCACCAUUGAGCAACCAUCGCUGGAUACCAACCGUCUCGAGGCGUUCCGCGAGAAGUAUGCGCUGCUUAAUGAUCUCCUCAAGCAAUCAGGUAUUCGGCCCGAAAUUAAGAACAGAAAGGGGAGUAUGACGAUGAAUCACUGGACGGUCAAAGACGUCGCGCGCUUUGAUGCGUUCGUCAGGACCGUGCGCAUCGAGGUCGACGGGUUAAUCGCUUUGAUGGGUGUCAAAGAACAGGUGGACAGAGGGAUGAGGACCGACAUCAAGGCCAUGGCGUGGCAUCCCGACCUGCAGUCUAUGAUUGUGCGCCAGGACUGGGAAAAGCUGAGAUUGAUCAAAGAGGCAGUGACGGAGGAUUAUCCGGAGUAUGUAGAGGUUGCAGAUAAGGCCCUGCAGUACCUUGUUGAAGAGUUACGCGGCACAAAGAUCCAAAUGAUAAAAGAGGCGCAAAUGGCGCAGGCACCCGCAGGAGUACGAAGGGUAAGCGAUGAGAAAGGCGGUGUAAAGGCAAGCGAGCAACACCUGAGAGUCGGAGCGCACAAGGAGAAGCGACCGAGCUUAUGGUCAAGAAUUUCCGGAUAUAAGUCCAGCAAAAACAAACACCGCAAUCAAAGCGUGGUUUCUGCGCCGGACGAAGCCGACCCCCAGCGCUCUCUCUCGGACGGAGGCGCGAAUGGUACCUCCGAGGAUCCGAACGCGCUUACAACUGUGCGCUCGAAGUCCCUCUCUGCGAUGCCAGACGACCCGACGCCAUUCGAUAUAGACGCCAGAAUUGCGGGCUUGUCCGUAGAAGACGGGCAUGAUGGCCCUGAUGGUGAUUUGGAAAGACUCGCGCCAGUGACAAGUUUUCACGAUAUACCUGGUGCAGAGAAGACGCAUGCCAACGUACAGGCGACACUGACGCAGGUACCGACGAGAAGCACGGCGGAUAUUGACGACGUAGAUCCAUUGGACAAGAGUGACAGCCUAGGAAGCAAUCUUUACCAUGCGGAUACGGCCAAUUCGCUGAUCGACAGACACGACAUGUUCAGGGGAGUGGGACGCAUUGCUACGAGGGAUAUCAGGGACAAGAGUCACGAGGCGGCUGGAUGGUAAUCGAGUGACGGUUAAUGGCUGCAGGGCCAUGCGGUCGCUCUGCAAGGUAUUUGUGUAGAUUCUUUUCUUCGAUACCACUUUGCGGGCUUAGUCUAUUCCUCUCUUUUGUGCUAAUUGACAAGCCUAAGAACGCAUCAGGCGCUGUGUAUGAGCGAACGUAGUCCCACGCGAGCAAAUCGGCGUUUGCAUAUAAUACGUCUAUUCUACCAGUUUGUCCUAUUUGCUUGUGGCAGUGUCUACCCUAAUAUCUAUCAUUCAA